AUGACUAAAUUAGCUUUGCCUCUUCUGGGACUUUGGGAGAACCAGCAGAAAUCCACUAACGUGGUCUACCAGGCCCACCACGUGAGCAGGAAUAAGCGAGGACAGGUGGUAGGAACAAAGGGUGGAUUCCGAGGAUGCACUGUGUGGCUAACAGGUCUCUCCGGGGCGGGAAAAACAACGAUAAGUUUUGCUCUGGAAGAAUACCUCGUCUCCCAUGCCAUCCCUUGUUACUCCUUGGAUGGGGACAACGUUCGCCACGGCCUGAACAAAAACCUCGGAUUCUCUCCUGGGGACAGAGAAGAAAAUAUCCGCCGAAUUGCCGAGGUGGCCAAGCUGUUUGCAGACGCUGGUCUGGUUUGCAUCACCAGCUUCAUUUCUCCUUUCACGAAGGAUCGUGAGAAUGCCCGCAAAAUUCAUGAAUCAGCAGGACUGCCUUUCUUUGAGAUAUUUGUAGAUGCGCCUCUAAACAUUUGUGAAAGCAGAGAUGUGAAAGGCCUCUACAAACGGGCCCGAGCUGGAGAGAUUAAAGGGUUUACUGGUAUUGAUGCUGAUUAUGAGAAACCCGAAACUCCAGAGUGUGUGCUUAAAACCAGUGUGUCCUCAGUGAGUGACUGUGUUAAGCAAGUAGUGGAACUCCUGGAGGAGCAGAACAUUGUACCCCAUACUACAAUCAAAGGCAUCCGUGAACUCUUUGUGCCGGAAAACAAACUGAACCAAGUUCGAGCUGAGGCUGAGAGUCUCCCUUCGUUACCCAUUACUAAGCUGGAUCUCCAGUGGGUCCAAGUUUUGAGUGAAGGCUGGGCCACUCCCCUGAAAGGUUUCAUGCGGGAGAAGGAGUACUUGCAGGUUCUACACUUUGACACCCUGCUAGAUGGCGUGGUCCUUCCUGAUGGAGUGAUCAACAUGAGUGUUCCCAUUGUGCUGCCCGUCUCCACGGAUGAUAAGAAACGCCUGGAUGGGUGCAAGGAGCUUGCACUGGUGCAUGGUGGACGAAGGGUGGCUAUCUUACGAGAUCCUGAAUUCUAUGAACAUAGAAAAGAAGAACGUUGCUCUCGUGUGUGGGGGACAACAUGUGCAAAACAUCCCCAUAUCAAAAUGGUGAUGGAAAGUGGUGAUUGGCUGGUUGGUGGAGACCUUCAUGUGCUGGAGAGAAUAAAGUGGAACGAUGGGCUGGACCAAUAUCGUCUAACGCCUCUAGAACUCAAACAGAAAUGUAAAGAAGUGAAUGCUGAUGCACUAUUCGCAUUCCAGCUGCGCAAUCCUGUCCACAAUGGCCAUGCUUUGUUGAUGCAGGACACCCGCCGCCGGCUCCUGGAGAGGGGCUACAAGCACCCAGUCCUCCUACUACACCCUCUGGGUGGCUGGACCAAGGAUGACGAUGUGCCCCUGGACUGGCGGAUGAAGCAGCAUGCAGCUGUGCUUGAGGAAGGCGUCCUGGAUCCGAAGUCCACCAUUGUUGCCAUCUUUCCAUCUCCCAUGUUAUAUGCUGGCCCCACGGAGGUCCAGUGGCACUGCAGGGCCCGGAUGAUUGCAGGCGCCAACUUCUACAUUGUGGGUCGGGACCCUGCAGGAAUGCCCCACCCUGAGACCAAGAAAGACCUGUAUGAGCCCACUCAUGGAGGCAAGGUCUUGAGCAUGGCCCCUGGCCUGACCUCUGUAGAAAUCAUUCCAUUCCGAGUGGCUGCCUACAACAAAGCCAAAAAAGCCAUGGACUUCUAUGAUCCAGCAAGGCACAAUGAGUUUGACUUCAUCUCAGGAACUCGGAUGAGGAAGCUCGCUCGGGAAGGAGAAAAUCCCCCAGAUGGUUUCAUGGCUCCCAAAGCAUGGAAAGUUCUGACAGAUUACUACAGAUCCCUGGAAAAGAACAACUAA